UCUUGCCCCGCCUCUUAUGUGUUUACUUAAUUAUGUUAGGUUUCGUUUCUUCGACUUCCGCAGAAUUACUUUCUUCAGUUCCGUAAUCACUACUGUUUGUUUCAUAACGAAGUGAAGUAACGUACUAGCCAUAGCUAACGGACUGUACUGUAGCCUCUUUUCAGAAGUUACAUUUCACUACAUCUUGCAACCUAGUGACUAUGACUUUAAGUAAGCGACGUGAAUUUGGACUUGAAUUUUAUGAAUUCUUAAAGGAUACCAAUCGAACAUCAAUCAAAAACAAAAGUAAACUCCGAGACAUCUACAACAACGAAUUCCGAAACAGUGAUGGGGUGAAACGUCCUAACUUCAGUUCUGUUCUGUACGCUCUUAAGCUGUCCAACAAAGCAAGGGUUUACUCUGGACAGGUGCACUUCAACCCAACGGUCAGAGAGUACUAUCUGGACCAAUGGCGAAGACCCACUCGGUCUGUUCAGAAUGGAGGCCUGAUAACCAGCACCCCGCCUGUUCACAACGGGGUGCAACUGAAUAAGUACACUGUGGGGGUGCCGUCCUCCCCUGGUCCUGCCCAAACUGCCUCCACUCAGAAUGGGGUGACAUCACAUACCCCCCGGAGGGACUGGAAACUUGCCAAUAAGAUCCUCAAGAUGUACAACUCUGACAGAGCUGAGUUGAUCUCGGACCGUCGUGGCGUCCUGAUCACGUCUGACCACCCAGUCAAAGACGGACUCAUCAAGUUCAGUCUGGAGAGUGUGACAGAGGUUCACAUUGUCCAUCUGUUCCUGAAGAACAGUUCCUCCAGUCCUCUGCUCUUCACCUACUACUCUGCUCUUCACCGGAUGAGCUGCUUCACCCUGCAGGACACACAGAAAGUCACCCGUAACAACCCGCUGCAGCUGGCCCCAGGUGAACAGUAUGAAGUCCAGCUCCAGUUUAGGCCCAAACACCCUGGAUUCUAUCCAGCCGCUCUGGUGUUUGAGUUUAAACCGCCCCACUCAUCCUCCCCUCCCUCUCUGGCGUUCCACCUGUUACGGUUUGUCGAGGCUCAGUGUGUGACGAGUCUAGCCAGGGAGCUGGGUCCUACCGCCCCUUACCGACCCAGACCCAUCAUGUCCGCUGAGGCCUCCCUGAGGUACAUCGUGGAGGAUGGGGAACAACCUGAGCGUCUUUCAGCCAACAACCUGGCUAGUGUGGUGAUGCUCCGGGACUACAAGGUUCCGCCGUAUGUCAGAGAUCUGAUCAAAUUUCUCAACGGAUACUCCUUCUCUUCUUCUUCGCCAUCCUCAACUCCCUCCGCCAGAAGCAGACUAAUCGACAAUCAGUCUCUUUUGGAAGGUGGGCUGACCUGGGAGAGUUACAAAGAGCUCCUCCAACUGUUGCUUUACUUAGAGGCGAUCCAGAUGGAGGUGGAUAUUAAGAAAUACAACAUGACCAAGUCUCCCAUGUUCCGAGACAAGGCCAAAAAGUCCUUGCUGGUGCUGGAGGUACCUGGGGUUUCAGAGAACCGCCCUUCUGUCCUGCGUGGCGACUCCCUUCUGGUGACCAAGUGGGGUGAAGGAAAGGAAGGGAAGGUUCUGGUGAAAUACCGUGGCUACGUCCAUCGUGUAGAACUGGAACGUGUCAAACUGGGCUUCAACCCAAAAUUGCUGUCGUCCUUUAUAGAUGGUCAGAAGUUCGAUGUGGAGUUUACAGUGAACCGACUGACCACUAGACUGCAGCAGAGAGCAGCAGAGCUAGCCUUCCAACACAACCUGGGGAACACACUGUUCCCUUCUGGAGGCACAACUACCAAAACCCCCAAACUACAACAACUCUGUUUUUCUCUCCCUCUCAGGUUGUAUGACAAGGCAUUAGAGCAGAAUCCAGAGCAGUACUCAGCAGUCCAGAACAUUGUAGCUGGUUCUUCACGACCCGCUCCAUACUUGGUGUUUGGCCCCCCUGGGACAGGGAAGACUGUGACGCUGGUUGAAGCCAUCAAACAGGUGUUGAAAACCAAGGGCAGCUCCCACAUCCUGGCAUGUGCUCCUUCCAAUAGUGCUGCAGACCUGUUGUGUGUCAAACUUCUAGAACACCUGGAGAAAAGGAAGCUGUUUCGCAUGUACGCCUCCUCCCGUAACCCUGACGACGUUCCUACUGCAAUAGUGGACUGCUGUAACAUGGGUGAACACUGCUUUGUGUUUCCCUGCAAAGAGGAACUAAUGAAGUACAGCAUCAUCAUUACCACCCUUCUCACUGCCGGACGGCUGGUGACAGGUGGCAUUCCUCCGGAUCAUUUCAGUCAUGUGUUUGUGGACGAGGCAGGACAUGCAGUUGAGACCGAGACCAUCAUACCACUGGCUGGGCUGCUCGAUCCAGAUAAUGGUCAGGUGGUUUUGGCAGGAGAUCCUAAACAGCUGGGACCCAUCAUCAGAUCUCCACUAGCCAUCAAAUACGGCUUGGGUGUUUCUCUAUUGGAGAGGUUGAUGAAAGUGUCUCUCUACCAGAAAGAGGAAUCCACUGGAACAUUCAACAACCGCUAUGUCACCAAACUGCUCAGAAACUACAGGUCUCAUCCUUCCAUCCUCAAGGUGCCUAAUGAGUUAUUUUAUGAGGGGGAGCUGCAGGUGUUUGCUAAUGAGAUGAUCCGCAACUCUUACUGCAACUGGGAACACCUGCCUCAGAAGGUAUUCACCCAUAUUGGUUUUCCUGUAGUGUUCCAUGGUGUUGCCGGUCGGGAUGAACGGGAGGAGAACAGCCCAUCAUUCUUUAACGUGGCAGAGGUGGAGGUGUUGAUGGAAUACAUGAGGAAACUGCUGCAGGGCCAGGGCAAAAGGGGCCUCGCAACCAUCUCACCAAAAGACAUUGGCAUCAUCGCCCCCUAUCGGAAACAGGUAGAGAAGAUCCGUAAAGCCCUGAAGAUUGUGGAGAAAGAAUUCAAACUGACCAGCAUCAAAGACCUGAAGGUGGGGUCAGUAGAAGAAUUCCAGGGACAGGAAAGGAGAGUAAUCUUGGUGUCAACAGUGCGCAGCAGCGCCAAGUACAUCCAGACAGACCAACGCUUUAGCCUUGGCUUUGUCAAGAAUGAAAAGCGGUUCAACGUGGCUGUGACCAGAGCCAAAGCCCUGCUGGUUGUAGUGGGAAACCCUUUAGUGCUGCGAGGAGACCCCGCCUGGGACAGGUUUGUCCAGUUCUGCUCCUCUGAGGGGAGUCCAGGGUUUAACUCCUCCCAGGCUGAGGGUAGUGAGGAGGUGGUGGGGAGACUAGCUGCUCUCUGCUUACAGGCUGAACCCCACGUGGAGACAGAGGAGAGUGAGGUUCAGCAGCAACUAGAUCCAGAGUGGAGGAACGAGCUGUGAUACACACACACACAUACACACACACACACACACACACACACACAAACCCACAUACACACUGCCUACACACACAUACACACUAACACACACCGCCCACAUACAUACACACCACCUACACACAGACAGAUUCAAGUAGACUGACACAGUAGACUCAACUGUAUUGAUCAGGAUUCAGUUGUUCUUGCCAAUAGCUUGCACCAAUUCUAUCCAGUUUAAGUAGACAUUGUAAUGAUCAGGAAUCAGUUCUACAGCUAGACACACCAAUGAGUUUCAUUAAUCUGAAGAUAUUGUACUGAUCUGGAAUCAGUUCCAAAUCUACAUAACUAUGACAUUUAUUGAUUGUGAGUAAAUUCCAACUACUCCGGGACCAGUUGUGGAGGACAGAAAAACAAACUCCUGUUAUGACAUUGAACUCUGAGUCUGCUAUCUAUAUUGGUGCUAGUUUUACUACUAAGUUGGUAAUCUGUACACAGCAGUCAUCUCGUUUAACUACUGAGUCAGAAAUCUAGUUUUAUCACUAGGAAUGCACAGACUGAGACCAGGAUUUAAUCCUUUAAUCAAGAUUUUUAUUUGAAUAAAGUACUUUUAUAUAAAGUAGUGUAUAUUAGUGGUUGAACAUUAUGUAGGACUUCCAUAUCAACCAGGUUCUUUACCUAUCAAUGCAUCCAUAUCAACCAGGUUCUUUACCUAUCAAUGCAUCCAUAUCAACCAGGUUCUUUACCUAUCAAUGCAUCCAUAUCAGCCAGGUUCUUUACCUAUCAAUGCAUCCAUAUCAACCAGGUCUUUUAGACAUCAAGAAAUCCACAUGAACCUAAUAAAUCCACUUUAACUGGAAUUAAUGCAAAUUAUAUUUCUGGUCCUUUGUCUCUUUGUUAAAAUUCUUCAGAUUUCUAGGCCAUAGAGCUGUUACCUUUCAUGUAAUUGGACCAAAUACUCUUCACUAAUACUGAAUACUGAUAGAAUACCAGCGUUUAAUUUUUGUAACAUUAAACAGCUCUAAAGUUGA